CGGCCUUCCUUUUCUCACCCCCCAGCCUCUCGGAGCCAGCCCCAUAAGCAUAAGCAGCAGCCGCAGCUCCUGUAAAUACUACCCGUAUUCUUGUCCAGCCCUGCCAGCCCAUCCUCAGACUCCUGCUGAGCUGUCUCCUGAUCUCCCACUCCUCGCCAUUUCCGCCAAAACCAACGUCAACAUGGCGGCAAACGCUGCUGCAACACAACCCCAGCUGAGAGCCAUUCAGGCGCCGCUACCGUUCCAUUUCAGCCUGGUGGCUGGUGCGAUAGCCGGUACGACGGAGAUUCUCACGAUGUACCCCCUGGACGUUGUGAAAACACGGUUGCAACUGGCCGUCGGUGCGCAACAGAGAACGUCGAUUGUUGGAACGUUUCGACACAUCAUAAAAACGGAAGGAUUCGGGACACUCUACCGUGGAAUCGUACCGCCAAUAUUGGUGGAGGCGCCGAAGCGCGCCAUCAAGUUCGGAGCAAAUGAACAAUAUACCGCCCUCUACAAAUCCAAGUUUGGCUGGCAGAGUGGGAGUCAGCUGGCAGUCUUGACGGGUGUUAGCGCGGGUAUCACGGAAGCAUUCAUUGUGGCGACGCCGGAGUUGAUCAAAAUCAGGAUGCAGGACAAUCGAAAUGCUGGCAAAUACACUGGAACGGCACAAUGCAUCUCCACAAUCUUCAAGGAAGAAGGAUUCCGCGCAUUCUUCCGAGGCCUUGAAGCGACCAUGUGGAGACAUGCCGUCUGGAACGGAGGAUACUUUGGGGUCAUUAGCACUGUGCGAGACAUUGUGCCCGUCGCUGAGACCAAGGAAGGUGUCCUCAUGAGGAACUUUGUCUGCGGAGCCAUUGGCGGUACUUUUGCCACCAUUCUGAACUGCCCGUUCGAUGUCGUGAAGACAAGAAUCCAGUCGCAGCUGGCUGCUCCUUACAAAUACCGGGGUGCCUUACCAUCACUUGGACUGGUCCUGCGUGAGGAAGGACCUCGGGCUCUUUACAAAGGCUUUGUACCGAAAGUACUUCGUCUGGGACCCGGCGGUGGUAUCCUCUUGGUGGUUUUCGAGACCGUCUCAGGUUACAUGCGAAAGCACUUCAUGUAGAUAUUUCUUUUGGCCAGCGCAUGUAGAUACGAUAGUGGACGACCCCAUCCUUCAUAGUCUCUGCUUCCAGUCACCCGCACAUACUCGGAUUCCUUUCCUUCACCCGGUUCGCCGGGGACCUUUUGCUUAGAGAAUCUGUACAUAAUACAAGCAUCCGUCGAAACGACAUCAUCAAGUAUGGCUACAU